AUGUCUUGCCCAUACGACCAACCAAUAAUCGACGUAGUAGACUAUGUCUACCACCACUCCCUCAACCAACACGACGAAGCGAUUUGGAAAUGCGCGAGGACAGCCCUGCUGGACGCAAUGGGCUGCGCCAUCGAGACAGCAGCGACGAGCACUGAAUGCCGAAAGCUGCUCGGUCCUGUGAUCGAGGGCACAGUCGUGCCGGAUGGAUUCCGGGUCCCAGGAACGGAGUUGCAGGUCGACCCCGUAAAGGGGGCUUUCGAUCUGGGUGUCCUGAUUCGGUACUUGGAUCAUAAUGAUGCGCUUGGCGGUGCGGAGUGGGGACAUCCUUCAGAUAAUCUCGGCGCUAUACUCCCAGUCAUGGAUUGGCUAUCGCGAGCAAGCUUGUCUGGUCGACGGGUUCAUAAUGGCCCGCCGUUGACGAUGCAGACGCUGCUCGUCGCGCUGGUUAAGGCAUACGAGGUACAGGGGUGUUAUCAAAUGCGGAAUGCGUUUAAUGCAUAUGGAAUCGACCAUGUGGUGCUAGUCAAAUUGGCUUCUGCUGCUGUUGUUUGUUGGUUGCUUGGGAUGACAGAUGAACAAGCCAUGGCGACUAUUUCUCAUGUUUGGAUGGAUGGCCAUCCGAACCGGGUGUACCGAUCCGACACAAACACCAUCCCGAGGAAAGGAUGGGCAGCAGGCGAUGCGGCGAGAAGAGCUGUGCAGUUGGCUCUACUGGUGCUGGACGGCCAGCCUGGUUCGCCGGGGGCGUUGAGCGCGCAGCCGUGGGGGUUUUGGGAGCGGACUUUUGGCGGGACGGGAUUUGUACUUCCACGGCCAUUUGGGUCGUGGACGGUACAGAAUGUGCUGUUUAAAAGUAUGCCUGUAGAAGGGCAUGCGAUCUCGGCUGUGGAGGCGGCUGUUCUGCAAGCGCGUCGACUUCGACAGAAGGGGCUGUCGGAUCCACUCAAACAGAUCCAGCGAAUAGAUCUGCGAACGACUGCUGCUGCGUUUUUGAUCAUCAACAAACAUGGGCCGCUGCGCAAUGCUGCUGAUCGUGACCACUGCAUUCAGUAUGUGGUCGCCUUGGCUUUCUUGAAGGGUAGUCCACCAGAGGCUGUGGACUAUUUAGACAAAAGCCCAUGGGCGAAUAGUGUUGAGCUUGCAGCUCUGCGAGAAAGGAUCGUGGUGCAGUCAGACCCUAAGCUCACGGAGGACUACUUGGAUCUGGACAAGAAGAGUAUCGGUGCAGGCAUGACGGUCCAUCUCGCAGAUGGUUCCUCGUUGCCUCAAAUAUUGAUCGAGUAUCCCGUAGGACAUGCGCGGAACACCAAAACACCAGCUGCGGUACAAGAGAAGUUCUUCCAAAACAUGGGGCUUAUGUUCUCUGCGACAGAGAUCAGUCGGAUAUUGGGUGCUGUUCAAAAUCCAGAUACCUUGAUCUCGGAUUUCAUAGAUCUGUUUAUCCAGCCACCGGACAAGGCAAGGUUUUAG